AUGCCGAUUCGCGAAAAGAUCAAGAGCUUGUUGCACAGGCACGAUGAUGAUACAACACCUCCGAGCAGUCCCAACCGCCAGUCUCGCUAUGAGAACACUUCGCAAGGAGUGAGUCCUCAGCAGGGUCGCAGACCAAUUUCAGGAGCGGGUACGAAAUCUCAGCGAUUUGUGAUGAAAACUGAACAAAGACGGCUGACUUUUGGUGACANNGAUCAGCCUUCGCCAGCGUCGCCUGCAAGAUCCCGAUCCAAGCUUCGAAGGUCGCUUGAUCGCAAGUCUGCCCCUACUGCAGACGACUCAAAUGGUAGAAGAAGUCUCGACAGUAAGCGCAAGAGUCUUGAUCAGCGUCAAAUUGAUGCUGGCGAGGCCCCAAGCGUCCCUGCAGUUCCCAGCACUUACAAGGAUGAGGCAAUCGCCCGCCCUAGAGUCUCGCAGGAUGCCGAAACAAAGGCAGCCAAGGAGAGAGCUCGCAAAAGUUCAAACGUGAUCAAUCUCAAUCACAAUAACACCGCCUCUCAACCACUUUCAGACAAAUCUGAUAGGUAUUCAGAAGACGUUGCUGAUUGGAAUAUCAUGAAUGCUGAAAGGCCAAGUCCCACUCACGCUCCGGCACCGCUUAAUGUCACGAAAUCGGUCGCCGACCCAUCGCGACAGUCUUCAUCAUCCUCAUACUCUACAGCUCCUACGCCGGGAAUUGGCCAAGCUGCGGUUUCGCGCAAGGCUGUCGGCUCUGAGACUGUUCAGGAUGUUAACGGCAGAAGGGGCAGUGUCGCGAGCACCAAGCAGAGGUCGAGACUUAGCAUGGACAAGCCUCUGCCAGCUCCACCAAAGCAUACUGCUCUGAGCGAUGACCCAGCUUUCGGACAGUUCCUUGGUAAGGACCACGAUUACAUUGUCAGGGAUGCUCCUGCUGCUCCUCUGCUUGAAGGCGUCAUGAACCUCGAGAACACGGUGGACACUGACGUGACCGAGACUUGGGCCCCAGCUGUUACGCACGAAACUGUUAUGCCGCAGGUCCACCACAUCCGUGAAGAAGUCAUCACUCGCGAAAUUCACAACCACGACGUUUACCACCGCAUCCUGCCCAUCAUCGACAUUGAAGUCCUUCCAGCCAGGCACUUUGUUCCGACCGGAAAUGGCGACGAGCUGAUGGAAAUCUCUGCAGAUGAAAUUCCUGGUAGAACCGGUUACAACCAGCAGUGGUUCAUUGGCGAGAUGCUGUCCAAGCUCCCCAAGGACUCCAACUUCUUCAGAGAGCCACUCCGUUUCACAGCCAGAGAGUUCCCCGGAACUGAAGGCGACUACAAGGAAUACGUGCGUAACGGUAUUCCUACGACAGAGACGACUUGGGUGCACCCGCCUGUGCUCGAUGACAUGAUGUAUUUGGCUGGACAAACUCAGCCAUUCCACUUUGGCUGCGAGAACCCCGCAGACAACGGGCUUCGCAUGCGCGCGCCCAACGGCCCUGUGGUUGGAUCGUCGCGCUACCACAAAGUGCAAAUGGAGCGUAGAGUGGAGGCGGUCGAGCCACCAACAGAGUCGAUGAGGGAUUUGUCAGUGGGCGACUAUCUUCAGGCCGUUCCUUCUGGUGAAGGANCAGGCUCGGAGGCCUUGACACCGCAUGGAAAGCAUCGCUGA